GGUCAACGGAUUUUGAAUUGAGUUUGGUUGAACACUAACAGUCUUGAGGUCUUGGGCUCAGAUCGCCGACUAUAAAGACCCUCGCGUUCCAAACAUCCAGGUUGAUGGAUGUUCUGAGACCAUCAGCUCCUUACUCUCGUCGGGAAUUCAUACCAACAAUCACACCAUGAGAUUCUCGGCUUUGUUAGUCAGUCUCGUCGCUGCCACUGGCGCAGCGGCGGCGGCUGUGGACGCGUUUUCUCAUGUUCCGCGCAACGUGCAGGAAUUCCGCGAGAAACAUCCCGUCGCGAAACGGGCGCCCAAUUGCCGCAAAACCUUCACGCCUCGGGCUUCCCGUGACGAUACCGACGACAUUUCCGCCGAGUUCUUGGAUGCCAUCAAGAAGGCAAACAAUGGCGGAACGGUCUAUCUGCCCGAGGGGCAGACUUUCGUCAUCGGCAAGCCCCUCGAUCUCACGUUUCUGAACGACAUUCACGUGCGUCUCGAGGGAACCAUUAGGUUCACCAACGAUGUCCCGUACUGGCAAAAGAACGCCUUCUACCACCCGUUCCAGCGUUCCCUCAUGUUCUGGAAGUGGGGCGGAAAGGACAUCAAGAUAUUUGGCGAAGGCACGCUGGACGGGCAGGGACAGCGAUGGUGGAACGAGUUUUCUGGCGCAGAAAUCCUGGACCCGGACAACGCAUAUCUCCGACCAAUCCUGUUCUACGCCGAACACGCCGAGAACUUGCACGUUGAGGGAAUUCUGAUGAAGGACUCGCCGGUUUGGCACAACUUCAUCGUUGAGUCCAAGCAUAUCACUUACCGGGACGUCAUCGUUGAGGCCAAGUCAAACAACGCCACAGUCGAGCCCAAGAACGGAGACUUCUUCAACUCGCUGAAUGUUGAACAUAUCAAGAUUGAACGCGUUUGGGUCGACUCCGACGACGACUGCUUUUCGCCAAAGUCCAACAACACCGACCUGCACGUUGAUACCAUGUACUGCAACAACUCCCACGGACAGUCGCUCGGCUCCCUCGGUCAGUACGAGGGAGAGUUUGUCUUCGUCAAGGAUGUCGUGAUUGAGAACAUCUGGAUGCUCAACGGCAACAACGGGGCCCGCAUCAAAGUGUGGGCUGGGGAGCACGUGGCGACGGGCUUCGUGGACAACAUCACCUUUCGCAACUUCUACUCGGCAAACGACGACUGGCCCAUCUUCCUCGACUCUUGCUACUUCAACAUCGACGAGGAGACUUGCAACAAGUUCCCCUCCAAGAUGAAGGUCAGCAACGUUCUGUUCGAGAACUUCCAGGGCUACUCAAGCGGGAGGCGCGGCCGCGCCGUUGCGCGCGUGAGUUGCUCAACAAACGAGGACGGUCUGUGCAGCAACAUCCGCUUCAAGGACUUCAACGUAACAAGUCCGUGUGGUGGGAAGCCAGUCGUUAUAUGUGAUGGCUUGGACGCGGACUUGGGAGUACCUUGCGUACCAUUCAACAGCGUGGAAGCAAAGGCAGCACUUGCUGAUACUUGCACGGGAUCCAAGGCCUUUAUUGAUGCCCCUUGGCCAGUAAGAGACUAUGGUGCUAGAAACUAGGCAAUAUAGAUAGAUCCCUAACAUUGUCCAAUAAGGGGAAAGUAGGUCCAUUAUCUAUCUCCACCUUUGGCCCCUUUUCCAAGCAGAAUUUACGAAUCCCAAGCUCCAGUUUUCUUUCAAAAAAGUUGUUGGAGAAACUGGCCUUGCAAUUCUAACGAUUCGGCGCCGCCUCCGGAUGUGAUCCGGGGCGAACGGGAUGGAGGUUUUCCUUCUUCUUUUCUGCUCCCGCUUCAGAAGGAAAUGGCUAAGUCUGAAUAUUGUAGGUAUUUUGUCUCGUAUUAUCAAACCCCUACGAGUGCUAACAUCUCUAGCUAGUUUUUUUCUGACACGCUGUGCGAUUGCUCUUACGCCAGUUCAAGCCUCAGGGCGUCAUACUGCACGUAGAGAGCAUCCGGCAACAGCGCCGUCUCCACGCUGCUGGCGUUGAACGGCAGGCUUAAGGUGAGCUCGUUCUGGCCUUCCUUAAGCAUAGAAGAUGAGAAGGUGAAUUUGUUCUCAAUGUUCUGGCAUGCGACGGCACUCCUUACGCCGCAAGAUCCGCUUCGCCAGUACGGGAUUCUCCAGGUGGACUCGUAGAGCCCGUUGAAGUUGACAGUCCAGGGGAGGUUGCUGUACGGAUGAUCCGUGACAGUCCACUUGGAGUUUCCGUUGGCGGUCUUGGUUCCGGCAAUCUGGACGGUGAAUGUGGCCGUCUUGCUUUGGCCUAGCUGGUCCUUGUCGAGGUCGAAGACGAUGGUCCAGUUGUUCACGUUCGUGUAGUAAUUCUCCUGCCGCAGAUGGUUUCCCUUGGCGGGGAUGAACGACCAGUGGAUGUAGUUAAGGUCUUGCGCCUCUUGGCUCUUGCCCACGUCGAACCGCACGCCGUCCGGGAAAUCCUGCUGGAAAUCAUACUUGCCCCAGUAGAUGCGGUACUGUUCCGGCUGCAAAGGCUUCGAGACGUCGGGCGCGUACCCGUGUCGAUACUCGCCGGCGGACUUGUCGGGGAUGCCGAUGCGCCAGACCUCCUGCCCUGCGCUUUCCUCGUCCCACUUGAAGGUCCACGGGGCCUGGCUGCUUGCGGUCUGAGAUAUCUCGACGUCGUCUUGGAUGAACCACCCAAACACCCCGUCAGCGUAGACGGUGACUCUGUACUUGCCCUCCACGACACGGGGGAUCUUGAACUUGCCACACCCGCUGAUCUCCGCCCAGUACUGAAGAGAUGCGGUGUUGAAGACGUUGAGCUGGAAGUCUUGCUUGUUCUCGGACAAGACGAUGAUCGGCCGCUUGGCGCCUCUUGGAAGCUCGACCUUGCCCUCGAACGAGGUGCGGCGCGUCGAUGGGACGUAGUUUGGGACGUGAUGGGAGAUGCUGUCGUAGAAGUCUGCGUUCCACUCUGGGUCGGCGUGCCGCGCAGCAUCGGCUCUCAGCUCGCCAACGGACGCUCCGGGAGCCCCCUUGUUGAAGUAAUAGAACUGCGGCCCAAACGUGCGAUCGAACCCGUGGGUGAUGUUGGGCAUCGGCGCACCAUGGUGGCCAGAGACCAUGUAGUUGUAGACGAUACCGUCGACAACCAGAUCCGAGUGGAGCGGGCCGCCAUAAUACGUCUCCCGUGUGUUGUGUACAAGCCAGGCGCCAAAGGUGCUGCCGUCGGCGCUGGUUGAGCCGUCGCUGAACUGACCAUGCACGUCGUGGUUGCGCCAGGGCUCGGACAGGGAGUAUUUCGUGAAGUAAUCCGAGUACUGCUGUGUGUAAGGGUCGUUGGUGCUGCCGCCGACGUACGAGGUGGCGUCCUGCACGGUCAGAGCCUGGGUGAAGGUGUCGGCGAGGGGCAGGGGGCCGAAGUUGCCAUCGCUCGUCGAGAAGUGAGUCCAGAGCGGCGUGUUGGGCCUGAACAGAGUCCGCAGCUCGCCCAGGCUGCGGAGUAGAGGCAGGGUGGCGUUGAAGUAGGUGAGGCGGGAGAAGGCGUGCAGUCCCGUUUCCUCGCCGUGGAGAAAGAAAUACUGCGAGAGCGUCUGGUUCGUUUGUGCGAACCUGUCCGACAUGAUGAGACCGGCAUAGGGGACGCCAGACGAGUCGGUGCCGUUGACGAGCUGCAACUCGGCCGUUCCUCCAGGCGUCCAGAACCCCGAGGGGAUACAUGAGCAGUCGAGAUAGGGCCCCUUGCCCCUGUUGCCGUUCAAGGGCCCGAGGAGAUCCUGGCCGUCGAGAGCGACAUCGACGAUAUGGCCGUUUGACUUGGCCAAAACAACGGAGAGCCGGUCAUUUGCCAGCGUAAAAUGGGUUCCGUUCUCCCCAGUCGUCAGGCGAGCUGUGACCGCAUGACAGAAGAGCGUUGCCGCCAGAGUCAAGCUCACGCUGCUGAUGGCUCUCAUUGUGCUGAUAAAUUUGUAUGCAGCGAAGACUGAAAUGGCGGGGACAGUCUCCUAGAGAACACCUGGAGCUGGCAAGAUGGAGACCGUUUUCCCAACCGGCAGUUAUGUACUCUUGAGGCACCGCGACAGCAGAAGAGAUCUUCUCUUAUUUACCUGUAUAGGGGUAAGUCAG